AUGGUCCACGCACUCUCUAUCAAACCUUAUACGAUCUUUCAAAUCCGCUUAGAAAAUGAUACCCUGACUAUGCGUGGUGCUCCUCAAGAGUCCGUUGGAUGUGUGCUGCGCGGGCAGCUGGUACUCGCUCUGUCCGAAACCACCAAAGUUAAAGAGAUUAAACUGGUAUUUGAAGGAAAGUCGAAAGUGACAUGGAUGGAUC